CUUAGUCUUUCCCUUGCACUUUUUAAAGCCAUUUUCAGUUAAACACCCCCUCCCUUCCUCCCUCCCCCAGCAAAUAGUCUCCUUGCUUUUAGGAGCAGCUCAAGCAUAUUAAUGGCCUAAGGUAAAAAUUAAAUGGGACUUUAAACUUGAAUUAUUAAUACCAUUUAUAAAAUUAAUUUCUUCUAAUUUUCAAUUGAUAAUAUAACAAGUCUUAUUUUAAAUUAUUUUUCAUGAGAUAUAGUACUCCAAAUAUGUCAAAUUUCUUCAAAUAAUUCCUUUAUUUUCAUGAAAAGUUUGUUUUUUCUACAAAUAGUAUUCAAUAUUUGUUAAAAAAUAAUAACUUAUAACAUAUUAUCAUUAAAAAUGAGGCCCCUUAAAUUCGGGGCAUAAGGCACGUGUCUUUUUUUUUAACACUGUCGAGUCACCCUUGCUUCCUUUCUUUAUAGUCCUAUGUUAUUUUAUUUUUUAACUACUCGUUCAAUGUUCGAUAUUCACAUUAGAAUCCGACUUAAAUCUCCAUUCGCGCUAGAAAGUUCCACAUCAGGAUAAAACGCUCCCUAAUAAAGACAACUCUGUACUCGGGGAAACUCAAACCCAAGACUCUUAAUUAUAAAUGAAGCCACCACAAGUCCACAACCCUUGUUGGUUAUAUAGUCAUAUUAUUACAAACCCCCCACCCCCUAAACAUUCACAGAACUGAACUGGUCCAUAACCAAAAAUAAAAUAAAAUGACUAGCACCAUUGUUUUAAUAGCCUCUGCUCCAUAUAUAACCUUAAUUCCCUAAUUGUUAUGCCUUGCACGUAAAUCACAAUAACUAAUCCUAUAUAAACACCUUCCUUCCUAUUCCCAACAAAGACAAAAAAAAAAAAAGAACUUAUAAAAAAAGAUGGAUUAUCUUAAUGUAAAUAAUCAAGAAAGUGUAGCUGCUAGAAAAAAAUCAAUCAAGAGGAUCACUAUUAUUACAAUAUCCUCUAUAGUAUUUGUUGGUUGUGUUGUAGCAGCUAUUGUUGGAAUAACAACUAACAAAAACAAUGAAAAUUCAAACACACAAACCACUUCUUUUUCAGCAGCUAUUAAGGCUGUUUGUGACAUAACAUUGUAUCCUCAAUCAUGUUACAACAGCCUUGGUCCUCUAGCCACAUCAAACAAACUUAAAGUUGAAGAUAUUUACAAGUUAUCGGUACAAGUUUCUGUCGAUGAAUUGUCAAGAGCAUCGGAUAAGUUCUUCAAUUCGUCAGAAUUCAAGAACAUUUCCGAUCCUAUGACUAUUAAGGCCUUAGAAAGUUGUCAUGAUCUUCUAUCACUUUCUUUGGAUAGUUUGAAUGACUCACUUUCUAUACCAAACAAGUCGUUGCUCGAGGCUUUUACUGACCUCAAGACAACGUUGAGUGCAGCUGGAACUUACCAGCAAACAUGUAUCGAUGGUUUUGGAAAUAUAACUAGUAUUGCUAAACAUAACCUUAAGAAUUCGGGGGAGUAUACGAGUAAUAGCUUGGCUAUUAUUGAUAACAUUGAUGAAUCACUUCAGAACUCAAUGGACUCCAUCGAUUCCUUAGGUCGAAUUGGAAGAAGACGUCGUCUUUUGAUGGAAUUUGAUGGAGAUUUUCCUAGGUGGAUGAGUUCAAAAGAUAGGAAACUGCUUCAAUCUUCAAAAGGGGAAGUUUUGAAUGUGGAUGUUGUGGUGGCUAAUGAUGGGACUGGGCAUUUUACCAAUAUUUUUGAGGCUCUUGAUGUUGUGCCUGAGAAGAGUGAUAAGAGGUUUGUGAUAUAUGUGAAGAAGGGUGUUUAUGUUGAGAAUGUUAGGGUUGAGAAGAAUAAAUGGAAUGUUGUGAUGAUUGGUGAUGGCAUGGAUGCAACAAUUGUUUCUGGCUCUCUUAACUUUAUAGAUGGCACUCCCACUUUUCAAACUGCAACUUUUGCUGUGUUUGGCAAGGGAUUUAUCGCUCGUGACAUGGGGUUCCGCAACACAGCAGGUGCAGCAAAGCAUCAAGCAGUGGCUCUAAUGUCAACUGCUGAUCUCUCUGUUUUUUACCGCUGCAAAUUUGACGCGUACCAAGACACACUCUACACACACUCCAAUCGUCAAUUCUACAGAGAAUGCAAUAUCUAUGGCACUGUAGACUUCAUAUUCGGUAACUCGGCAGUUGUUUUCCAGAAUUGCAACAUACUGCCCAAGAAACCAAUGCCAGGCCAACAGAACACCAUCACAGCUCAAGGCAAAAUCGACCCUAAUCAGAACACAGGCAUUUCUAUUCACAAUUGCACUGUUUGGCCCUCAGCUAACCUUACUGGAGUCAGUACCUUCUUGGGUAGGCCAUGGAAGAACUAUUCCACGACCGUUUUCAUGUAUACGACAAUGAAUAGCUUUAUUGAUCCUAAAGGGUGGUUACCCUGGGUGGGUACUACAGCACCAGACACUAUUUACUAUGCUGAAUAUAGAAACUUUGGCGCUGGGGCUGUGACUAAGAAGAGAGUCAACUGGAAGGGAUUGAGAUUGAAUAUUACUAGUAAAGAAGCUAGCAAGUUUUCAGUUGCACAAUUGAUUCAGGGAGACAAAUGGCUCCCAUCAACUGGAGUCACCUUCAAGAAGGAUAUCUGAUUAAGAUGAAUCAAUGAUUGAGUCUUUUAACAAUGGUUGAGUUUCGUUUUCUGUUCAAAACUUUCUUUGUAUUGAGGAAGGGGAAUUGGUUUGGUUUUACUUUUGAAGCUCAAAGAGCAAGAACCACCUUAUUGCAUUUUCUAAUUUCACUAAAUGUUGGUUGAUUUGCACCCAAAAUUUCAGGGGAAGUAGCUUCUGAAGCAACAAUUACACAAAACUAGUCGGCGAUGUGAUUACCAGCAGCAGUGCAAGAGUAAAUUAUCACAUAGAAAGCCAGAGUAAUUAUAUCAAAAUAGAGAGCUUGAACAUAUAAUUAAAUAUAAAAUAUAUUUGAAUUUCACAAGAGCUUGAGAUGUUAUUUCAAUUAUCUUUUACGCACAAAGGGACAAAAUACCAGUAGUGUUGACAUUCAAAAUUAUGGGUUUGAUAUACGAUUUUAACCUCUAAACCAAAUAUAUUGUACUACUUAAAAUAUAACUAGACUUCCUUACACACGUUUUUAUCCCAAAUUACCUCUAAAACUAAAUUCGCUAACACAAAAGGUUAGUAGUUUUUAAACAGAACAGAAUAUUCAGACACAAAGUAACCAAUUUCAGAGAAACAAAAAGGUACAAAAAUCUAAAUAGAAGCACAAUCAUUGAAAUGUUGCAAUGUAUCAGCAAAUUACUAGUCUCAAACAAAGAACCAUUCAGUAUCCACUGUUCUCAUCAAAAUUGCAG